UUAUGCAACACUCGUGCACGAGAUUUCACAACACUUGGCCGUAAUUUUCACAAACAAAGAUUUGUUUUAUUUUAUCAGAACGCAAUUAAACGAAAUUAACUAAACCUCUGGACCAAUGGGAGCUGUUUUGGGCCUCUGUUCGGCCGCCCAGUGCGCCCUCUGCUGCGGCGGCACUGCGGCCAGCAUGUGCUGCUCGGCCUGUCCCAGCUGCACCAAUGCCUCCUCGUCGCGCUUCAUGUACGCCUUCAUCCUGCUGGUGGGCACCGUUCUGGGUGCCAUCGCAUUGUCUCCCGGCCUGCAGGACACCCUGAAGAAGCUGCCCUUCUGCAUCAACUCCACGUCUACGUACAGCUCCAAGGCCAUUGACACCUUCUCGGGUGGCUCCCUGCAGGUGGACUGCGAGUACGCCCUGGGCUACAUGGCCGUCUAUCGGGUGUGCUUCGGGAUGGCUUGCUUCUUCGCGCUAAUGGCUUUGAUUAUGCUGGGAGUGAAGAGCUCCCGAGAUCCGCGCUCGCACAUCCAGAACAACUUUUGGCCGCUGAAAUUUCUGAUUUGCUUUGGAGCCGCCAUCGGGGCCAUCUUCAUACCGGACGGCUCCUUCGGGCCGGCCAUGAUGUGGGUGGGCCUCAUAGGCGGCCUGGCCUUCAUACUUGUGCAGCUGGUCAUCAUUGUGGAUUUCGCACACAGCUUGGCAGAGUCGUGGAUCGAGGGCGCCGAGAACAGUCGUGGCUACUACUAUGCCCUGGCUGGGGUCACCCUUCUAGGCUAUAUCUUAUCUUUGACGGGCAUUACCCUGCUGUAUAUCUACUUUACGACUUCCACUGGCUGCGGCAUCAACAAGUUCUUCAUUUCGAUAAAUCUAAUCUUCUGCCUGGCCAUCAGCGUCAUCUCCGUGCUGCCGGCUGUGCAGGAGCGUCUUCCCCACUCGGGCCUGCUGCAGAGCUCCCUCGUGACCCUCUACACCGUUUACUUGACUUGGUCCGCGGUGGCCAACAAUCCGGAGAAGGCCUGCAAUCCGGGCAUGUUUGGCUUGAUGGAGGGAUUCGGCAAUGGCACCACCACCACAAUUGCACCGCCACCCAAUCCGUCGCACAACUCCAAGGUGACCUUUGACACGACCAACAUCAUUGGCCUGGUUGUCUGGCUGCUGUGCAUCCUCUACAACUGCAUCAGUUCGGCCGUGGAGGUGUCCAAGAUUACUCACGACAACAGCGAGAAGCGUGUUUUAACAGAAGCUCUAUCAGACACAGAGGCAGCCACCGAUGCCGACGGCAAGCCCAGCACCGACAACGAGGUCGAAGGCGUCACCUACUCCUGGUCCAUGUUCCACAUUGUCUUUGUCUGUGCCUCCCUCUACGUAAUGAUGACCCUAACCAAUUGGUACAAACCCAACUCUGACAUUGAACUCUUUAAUGGCAACGAAGCUUCCAUGUGGGUCAAGAUCAUCUCCAGCUGGCUGGGCGUCUUCAUCUACGGCUGGAGCCUGGCCGCACCCAUAAUACUCUCCAAUCGUGACUUUAGCUAAACAUUUGUAGUAUUAUUAUCUAUAAUUAUUAUACAAACAAUAUAAAUAUGUCUAGGCGUGGUGCUUAACGAGCAAAGUUCGAGAAUGGCGGAAGAGAGUGAACAAUGGAGAUGAAUCUUUGCAUUAUUUGGACUCUUAGUGUGCCGUUUUACUCAAUCAAAUUAUUCUCUCAACUUGCAA